GUUAUGUUCUCACCACAAACGCCACGAAUCACGAUGGAUGCUGGCUUCAUUUCAUCGGCCUCAUAUGAGUACCAGACACCCAGUUUUGUAUCCCUCAGCUGAAGGUUUGAGGCUGUUCAACUCAGUCAAGCAUGUACUACAGAUCUCUCUUCCCCGACCUGCCAGAGGUGCCCGAAUCGAAUGUCCACAACUUGAUCCUCAACCGGCCUGACCAGCAGGAGUGGCCAGACUACACACUGUUCGUAAACGUAGCUACUGGGCAGCGGCGUUCAUUCAAACAGUUUGUUGAGCGUGUCCGCGAUGGCGCUACUGCACUGGGUGCUGACGUGGCGCAGGGUGGCCUAGGUCUUCGUCCAGAGAACGGGGAGCUUGUAGGCAUAUUGAGCGACAACUGCCCGGACUAUAUCGCGCUGAUACAUUCACUACUAGUUAUCACAGUCCCAUUUGUACUGUUCUCAUCCUACUCAACACCACACGAGUUCAAAUAUGCCAAUUCGCUUGCGCGGGUGACUAGGAUUUUUGUUAGUCCCUCGUUACUGCCACUCGCUUUGACUGCGGGUCUCCCAGCAGACCGGAUCUACCUUCUAGAAGGAGAGGACACAUGUUACACAAACUACGAUCACCUCGUGUCUUCAGCUCGCAAGAGUGGUGUUCCACGGCUGCCAGUUCAUCAAGCAGAUAAGAACACUCUAGCAUACCUGGUGUUUUCCAGUGGGACAAGUGGUCCUCCUAAAGCCAUCAUGAUAUCCCAUGGAAAUAUCACCCACAUUACUCUAGGGCUGAUGGUAUAUAGUUUGGAAAUACCUAAAAUCCUCAAGCCACCAGCAUGGGACACUCCUGAUGGGAUUCCAGUACACUUCAAUGUCCUUCCAGUUUACCACUCUUUUUCGCUGUUCAUGACCAGUUUUUUCAACUUCAUACAACCCUCUACGAUAGUCGUGUUACCGAAGUGGAAUAUCGAUUUAUUUUUCGACAGUGUUCCGAAAUAUCGCAUUACGACAAUAAUCCUCGUUCCAUCACUUGUCCACCAGCUAGUUCAUCAUCCCCGCUUCAAAACUACUAAUAUGAGCUCGGUUCGAAGCAUAGGCAGUGGUGCCGCACACCUCCCGCCCCAGCUUGCCGACGAGCUUUGCGCCCGCUUCCCGGAUAUGGACUUAGUUACCGAAGGCUACGGUUUGUCCGAAUUCACGGUCACCGUCUCCUUGAAACCUAUCCCUGGCAUGCUGAACGGACGUGCCAAGAACAAGCCUGGUUCUGUCGGAAUCCUCCUCCCCGGUGUCGAGGCUCGUAUUAUCCGUCCCGACGGGUCCCUCGCAAGCCCGAACGAGGCAGGCGAACUACUUGUGCGCGGGGGUGCCGCAGCGCUGGGAUACAGAGAAAAUGACAAGGCGACACGGGAGACUUUCGUCGACGGGUGGGUGCGCACGGGCGACCACAUGCGGAUCGAUGCCGACGGAGUGCUUUUCUUCGAGGACCGUGCCAAGGACACGCUUAAAAUCUCGGGGAUGCAAGUCUCCCCCGUCGAAAUCGAGAACACAAUCCUGGCGCAGCCCGACAAGCUGAUUACUGAUGUGAGUGUCGCUGGCGUUUCGGGUGGGCGCACCUCGGACGAGCGCGUACCGCGUGCAUGGAUCGUGCUAUCUCCGACAGGCGCAGCGCUUGGUGAGAAAGUGGUCGUGGCACGGCUUGAUUCAUGGGUGCAGGAGCGCUUAAGUCGAUAUAAGUGGUUGAGGGGAGGAAUUGGGCGUGUAGAGAUGAUUCCGAAAUCGCCAACUGGGAAAGUGCUGAGGCGGAUGUUGGUGGAGGAGUAUGAAAGGGACAUGAAAGCUCAGGCGAAAUUGUGACGAGUCUAUACACGAUCUAAGCCUAGCCAAGCCUCGAUACAGGGAAAACGACAAAGCGACGCGGCAGACUUUCGUUGACAGGUGGGUGCGCAUGGGUGACUUUGAGUUAACCUAACGACGGUGGUUUGCCCAUCACCACAUGAAGCUGAUUUAUCCCUUUUCAAUUUAUCGUGACUAUAAGUAAACUUGCGCGUGUAUGUAACUGACUAGCCAUGGAAUCGAAUAACGCAAGGUUUGUCAUUAUGUAAGUCAAAAGUCUCGAUCACUGCUAGAAUACCGG